CAAACAAUCAUCAAAAACCUACGGUCAAGAUCUAACUCUCUCCGUACAAUCCAACGGUUUUCACUAAACUAGGUCAGAACUAAACCGUAUCUUUAAAACCUAGCAGAACACACACAGAAACCCAUAAACCCGACCCGUAUUUGCCAGUUACCACAAUAACCGGAUUAAAACCCCUAAUUUCGACCUAAACUUUGCCAUUAAUAGAUAUCUCAAACACAACUCUCAAAACUUGCCCUGUUUGGUCCGAAACCGAAACUAACCCUAAUCUCACAUCACAUCACAUAGCAAUCACUUCACAUCACAAAACACCUCAUAGCCGCAAAAUUUAAUGGCAGACGUCAAGAUUCAAUCCGAAUCCGAAUCCUCGGAUUCUCAUCCAGUGGUCGACAAUCAACCACCUCCUCCGCCUCCGCCGCCGCAACAGCCGGCGAAAGAAGAGGAGAAUCAACCAAAAACAUCUCCGACUCCGCCGCCACACUGGAUGCGGUAUCCACCAACGGUGAUAAUCCCUCAUCAGAUGAUGUACGCGCCGCCGCCGUUCCCACCUUAUCAUCAGUAUCCGAAUCACCACCACCUUCACCAUCAAUCUCGUGGUAAUAAGCAUCAAAACGCUUUUAAUGGUGAGAAUAAAACCAUAUGGGUUGGUGAUUUGCAUCACUGGAUGGAUGAGGCUUAUCUUAAUUCUUCUUUUGCUUCCGGCGACGAGAGAGAGAUUGUUUCGGUGAAGGUGAUUCGUAAUAAGAACAAUGGUUUAUCAGAAGGAUAUGGAUUUGUGGAGUUUGAGUCCCAUGAUGUAGCUGAUAAGGUUUUGCGGGAGUUUAACGGGACGACUAUGCCAAAUACUGACCAACCUUUUCGUUUGAACUGGGCUAGUUUUAGCACCGGUGAGAAGCGGUUAGAGAACAAUGGACCUGAUCUCUCUAUUUUCGUGGGGGAUUUGUCACCAGAUGUUUCGGAUAAUUUGUUGCACGAGACCUUCUCUGAGAAGUAUCCGUCGGUUAAAGCUGCGAAAGUUGUCCUUGAUGCUAAUACUGGUAGGUCAAAGGGGUAUGGGUUUGUGAGGUUUGGUGAUGAGAAUGAAAGGACCAAAGCAAUGACUGAGAUGAAUGGUGUUAAAUGUUCUAGUAGAGCUAUGCGCAUCGGUCCUGCUACCCCGAGGAAGACUAAUGGUUAUCAACAACAAGGUGGAUACAUGCCGAAUGGUACCUUGACGCGUCCUGAAGGGGACAUAAUGAACACAACAGUAAUUGUUUUUCCGUAGUAUCUUCUUGUUUUCAACCUUUCAUGUGAAUGUGACAAGAGAAGGUUAAUCUUCUUUUGUUUUUGUUUUCCCCUUUAAUCUGUUUUAUAACAUAGAUAUUUGUUGGAGGGCUUGACUCUAGUGUCACUGAUGAAGACUUAAAGCAACCUUUCAAUGAAUUCGGGGAAAUAGUCUCUGUCAAGAUUCCUGUUGGUAAAGGAUGCGGAUUUGUUCAGUUUGUUAACAGACCAAAUGCAGAGGAGGCUUUGGAGAAACUAAAUGGGACUGUAAUUGGAAAACAAACAGUUCGGCUUUCUUGGGGACGUAAUCCCGCCAAUAAGCAGCCUAGAGAUAAGUAUGGAAACCAAUGGGUUGAUCCGUACUAUGGAGGACAGUUUUACAAUGGGUAUGGAUACAUGGUACCUCAACCUGACCCGAGAAUGUAUCCCGCUGCACCUUACUAUCCAAUGUACGGUGGUCAUCAGCAACAAGUUAGCUGAGGAAACUAAAAGCUUAAUCUGAGCAUCUAUCUAUAGGACAACAAAAACUCACUCAGGUUAGGUGAUGUUAGGAAGAACAAGGCAAAAAUUGUUGGCUUCUUGUCUCUCCUUGAGUUUAGGGUUUAUCAUCUAGUGGACAUCGAAUUUUUGGUGGAAACCAUACAGUAAUUUAGGGGACUUGGAUUUGAUUGAUUAAUUUUAUUUGUUUCUUCUGAUACUUUUGACUAUGGAAGUUAUUGAUCAAGAAGAAGUGAGUUGCACCAAUUGAUUAUAUCUAUUUUUUGUUAUUAGUC